UACAUUCAAAACUUUUAUAAAUCAAUAUGAAAAUUUUAAACUUUUUAAAACUUAUGCUGUUACUCUCGGCUUUGGAACAGGUCUGGUCUAUUACACAGGAAAAAUUGUAUAGCGCUGAUGGUAAAAAAUUCUAUUACAUAGAAAAUGAGUAUAAGUAUGAUUGGUUUGAAUCCCUAACGAAGUGUGCAAGCAUGAAUAUGACUCUGUUGACAAUUGAUUCCAAACCCAAAUCGGAGGAAAUCAAUAAUGUUGUAAAGAAGGCCUUUGGAAAAAAUAUUAUUCUCUGGGUGGGUGGCUAUGCUGUUGGCUCAAAUCGCCAAUUUCGAUGGGUAUCCACUGGCGAGGAAUUUACUUAUACUUAUUGGCAUGGUGCAAACCCUGACUUCACUAACAGUGAGGAAUAUUGUAUGCAAAUUGGUUGGUCUGCCACAAUGGCGUGGAACGAUAAUAAAUGUACGAAAAAAUUUGGUUUCAUUUGUGAGUUUAAACCACAAGAAUGUUCGGGCAAUACAGAUGAUAAGAAUUAUAAAUAUCAUAAUAUUAUAAUAAAUAAUUUGCAAAAAUAUUAA